AUGGACUAUAAGAGGUUGCUCCAUAAUGAGAGGAGCUUGCGAAGCCUGGAUAUUGCCUUAUCACAUGCUUGCGUAUCGGCUUUGGCUCCUCCCUUGUUUCAAAACCUUUCAAGCUUAAAGGUUUUGAAUCUUACUAUUCUGGAUCAACGUGCUUACCUUUCACUUCCUGGGAGUUUUCCGACUCUGCCGCUAUCUUUGGAACAGCUUUGCAUCAUUGUUCCAAGGGGACUUCACGCAUGGACCACUGCCGAUUUCUCGCGUAGUAUGAUCGGUGCCUGCAUUUCGCUACCACGCCUAAGAACCCUUGAUCUUCGCGAAAAUAUGCCAGGUGUCUUAGAUAUGCUCUCGCGGUGCGUAAAUUUCGUCGCCUUGAAAUCGCUAGCGCUCUGGCAUCUUGAGCAGAUAGCGAGUUUCUUGUAUCAACUCAAGAACAACUUCAAAAACAGCAAGCCACAACUCACAUACUUGGCUGUCUCGGAGCCUAGGUCUGCCAUGAGCACGACGACCGACCCUGGAUUCCUACAAUCGUUGAAUGCUUUCCUGGACUGCUUUCAAGGCUUAGCACACUUACAUGUGUGCACUAAUGGUGACUUCGCAGGGUCGCUGCGUAGCUUCAUCCGGCACGGACAAACACUCAAGACUUUGGGACUCUUUGCAAUGAGUGGCCCACUGCCGCUAACUUGUCCUCAUAUCGAGCAGUUAGGUGUUCAAUUUCCGCCACUAACUCUAGCCGAGUUACCAGCACGGGACGGGGACUAUCGAGCAUACAUUGAUUCCAUCCAGUGUCUCUCCAAGAUCAAGACUCUAUAUGUUCUCACCUUACCUGACGGCACCUCUAUAUUUCAUCACAAUUUAACCUACUCCACCACAUUAAAAACAAUUGACACUUAUCUGAAAGAGACGACAGAGUAUAUAUUCGCCUACUUUGCAGCCAAAAAAAACUGCACAAAUCUCAACAUCAUCACUAUCGGAACGCAUGAACCUCGUCAGAACAUAAUGCGUAUUGGUGCACUUGGUACGGCGGAAGUGGUAAUUGGAAAACGGCACUUUAUGAAGGCGACGUAUACGGAUCUGCUGGGACAGAACGUAUCGACUGCAGUUCCAAUACACUCCUAGGUAGUCCGACAAGCCGAGCCGAACUCAUACAUUCUGGAUAUGGACCCCUCGUACCGGCACAUAGAGGGCUUUGAUUUUCCAGAAUACUCAUCCUUCUAGACUGCGUGCUCAAUCCGUCAUCAGUUUACCAAUGCUUGGCGGCUAUGCGUUGCAUGAGUUCUAAGCAUAAAUAUCUGCAGGCUCUGAUUCAAUCGAACGCUCAUGAUCAACCUUUUCUCUACGUCAUCUCCGUAGAUGAUUCAUUGCAAGGGUUCGCACCUACCUCAUCAGAACGUUGUGCCUUGGCCCAGAAGGUGUCGUAAGUGCGAGGUUUCGCUGAUUGGAGAAGUGGGAACGACAUGGGGACGGCCCUGAGAGUUUAGAGGAAGACCCGCUCCAAUGGCAGUA